AUGGCCUCGGCGACGGACCAGUUCCCAUGCUCAAUAUCCCUCCGUGUACCUCUCCCCACCGCGAGACUCGCCUCCACCGCUCUCCAAGCUCUCCGCGUCGACCCGGAGCUAUCCCCCCUCGUCCAGAGACGACUGUCCGUCGCGUCGGACCAAGAUGCCGCCCUCGAGGUAGACUACCAGGCGACGACGAAUCGCAUGCUUCGCGUCGCCGUGAAUUCCUUCAUGGACAGUCUCGGGCUCGUGCUGGACGUCAUGCAGCAGUUGGAUGUAGAUGUGUUGCCGCCAGCAGAAAACCAGAAUCCGUCGUGA